UAAACGCGCGCGAAAAAAAAGCCCUACAACCGUGACAAUCAACAAACUCCAGGCGAGGCUUUACGAAAUUCUACAUUUUUUGUUACUAACAGGGAAAAAAAACACCGCUGGCGCUAAAACUAAAAUUUUUAAAUUGUUUCGCAAACCCCCUCAGCGCCCCCCCCCCUUAAAAAUAAAUUAAUUUCCCACAAAGACGCCCGGAGGCCCGACGCCGAUGUUCGCUAGGCCCAAGCCUACGGUCUUGCCUGGACUGCCCGCCGGGAACGGCGCCGCCUGACUCGGCCGCCGAGGCGACAAGCGGCCGCCGCGGAGGAUGUGGAAAGAGGGCGGCGGCGGUGGCAGCAGCGGCGGCGGCGGCGACAGCGACAUCAUCCCUCGCCCCGACGACUCUCGUCCGCGUCUCGACGAUUCUCACAAACGAAAAGUCGACGGCGACGCGGGGCCUCCCGGGGCCAAGAGGACACCGCGGGCGACCGAAGCCGGUGGAGGAGGCGGCGGCGGCGCGCAUGGUGGACACGGAGGUCGAGUCGGUGACAUCCCAUUGUCUCUGUCCACCCGGCCACACGAUCACGGUGGUGGUUUCCCCUUCUACCGCCAGCCCGUCGAGGUCGGAUGCUUCUCCCUGGACGCCGAGCGGCGCUUCCACGCCGACGCCAGGCAGCUGCGUUACUACGCUCCACCAAAAGGGGACGACGACGGUGAAGGAGGAGGUGGUGGUGGCCGUGGCCGGGUUCGCGAUGGAGUUCGUGGGGCGGCCUCUGGGCAGAGGGACGCCGGCCGUGCUGGAGCUGACGGCGGCCACGGUGGCAGUGGUGGAGGCUGUGGGGAACGUGGCAGUGGCGACGGAGCAGGUGAUGGAGAAUGCGGAGGACACGGCCUCACUGCUGGCGCCGGUGACAAUCGUGGAGGUGGUGCUCGAGCAGGAGGAUUUGGCGUUGCCGCUACUUCUGGUGGUGGUGGUGGAGGCAGUGGUGGUGGUGCCACACGUGUGGAAUUUGACCUGCGGGACGGAUACCCCGAGCGCUACGUUCAGCGAGACGACGACAUCAAGGAGAAGCUGGACCACGUCCUGCGAUGGAUCCUGCCGAACCGGUACAAGUUCGCCCUCGCCGGGGAGACCUUACGGGACAGCGCUGCCAUCUCCAGCUUGCACACGGACGUGGUGACGUGGAGGGGCCACCUGACGAAGGUGGCCUGCACGCCGUACGAGCGACACGAGGGCUGGCUCAUGGCCGUCACACUGCUGGCCGGCACGCGCUACAUGAGCGAGAUGGAGACGGAGGAGGCACGGCGGCAGCGGGGGACGCGGGACGCGCGCCAGCGCGAGAUGACCUACUGGGGCUACAAGUUCGAGCAGUACCUCUGUGCAGAAACCCCCGGAGGGAUUCCGGACCCCGGCGGCAUUGUCAACACUAAUGAGGCGUUCUGCACGGUGGUUCGGACCCGGCUGAAGAGCCACUCCCUUGUCUUCGCCGGGGAGGUCGACUGUCUCUCCUGCCACAAUGCCGAGGUGGACAAGCACCGCGAUGCCGAGCCGGCAACUCCAGCCCGUCGGGCCUCAGGGCAGAGGCCUCAGCAGCAGCAGCAUUCCUCCAACUAUGUGGAGCUGAAGACCAGCCGCGAGUUGUACACCCCCAACCAAAGGCGCAAUCUGCACAGGUUUAAGCUGAUCAAGUGGUGGGCCCAGUCGUUCCUGGUGGGAGUGCCAAAAAUAGUGGCCGGCUUCCGUGAUGACGAGGGCGUGGUGCGGAGACUCCAGACCUUCGAGACCCUGCACAUCCCCAAGAUGGUCGCGGAUGACCAGGAGGCGUGGAAUGGCUCGGUUUGUCUCAAUUUUGUGGAGGCGUUUCUGACCUUCAUGAAGAAGGUUGUGACAAAGGAUGACCCAAAGACGGUGUACCUGUUCUCCUGGGAGCCUGGCCGCGACGUCACGUACAGCGUUCACCCCGACUCGGAGCUCGCGUUCCUGCCCGACUGGUACGUCAGUGAGAUGGUGAAGUCGUCGUGACUGGUGGAGAGAGAGAGCGUUGCCACCCUCUCGCUCGCCCAUCCGACUGGCGCCAGCGGGGACCGCCCAUCGCCGUCUUGUUCAUCGAAGCUACGAGCAGAGAGCGACGGAGCGAAGCGAGCCUAAUGGGGAUGGUGUCGCCACCAUCCCUCCGUUCUCCGCUCUAACACGUCUUCGACGACGUAGUGUCCACCCCCCUCCACUCCACCCCUCCCCACCGCCACGGCCACCACCUGAUUUUAUGCAGGCGCCAGGUCAGGUGCUUUUAAUGAUAUAAAUGCGAAUUGCAAUUAGUUGAUUAUGAGGGUGGCAUAAUUACUAAAUCGCAACUAAUGGACUAUAAAAUGGGACACUAUUUAAGAAGCGUUGCUGGGAGGGAAUCAAAAUAAGGGUUGUUGGGAGUGCAUUUUGCGCGAGAUAAUUCACCCCAGCACUUUGCUGUCUGCCCUCCCGGCUGUAGAACCCCGGCAAAUGACCGCUGUUAACGGGAAUGGAAAUUACGGCAAAUGGUCCGGGAAGAUUAACCGGAAGCGAAUGCCGACGUAUAAAAUAUAAAAAAGCAACGAACUGAAAUGAAAGUACAUCGAUCCGUGGCAGCUUUUAGUGCGGAAGCGUUUGGGGAGCUACCACUACUUACAGGGUGAAGACAAACCGAGUGAGCGGUGGAGUACAGUCAUUCAUCCUGGACUACCUUAUAAGAGGGACACUCUUGUGAGUGUCGUGUCCUCGUAUUGCAAGCGUCGUUUACAAGCAAACAGCAAUGAUUAUUAUGACGAUGUCUCAUCAAUGUGGCGUGAGGGCUGAUUUACGAACAUUCCCUCCUUGCUGCGAAUGGACGUUUUCCCCCGAAGGGAGUGUCGUCGGCCGUGGCGAGACGCGCGUUUGAUGAGCAGUUAUUGAAAUGUCGCGAAGGAACGCACCCGCGUCGGGAACAUUUAAACAUUUUCUGCGUUCAGUUUUUGUCACCAAGCCGAGUUCAAGUGGUCAACGAGCAAUGUGAUGGUGCUUUUCUCUGCUGGUGUAAAUUCCACAUUCCCAUGGCAGGGGUUGGCCGAACACUCAUCUGACCACAGUUGAUGGCCCACUAAAGAGGUACUCGUUUUUUAUCAACACUUGAGGGUUAAUAGACCAAGUCUUAACUCCAACCAGGAAUUCAACUCGCGGCUUUUAACUUAGAGCACCACCCCAGCCAGUGAAAAUUCAACACCUGGCUCUCAAUAGUCGUUCAUAGAAAUUAUAACAUGGACUGAUCACCCCACUUGUGUCUGUCCCCGCUUCUUGUUAAACAACUUGGCAACGCUUUGUCAGCACUAGUGGUUUCCCGAGCGAGAGUAAACUGAAAUACGUGUGUGUAAUAUAAAAUUAAAUGGCCCCGAACAGAGAAUAGGACGAUGCUGUGUCCGUUUCGUUCCGGAUCAUAAUUGAGGCAGUCGAAUAGGUCUGCUGGCGAUAUUAAUCCCGGAGUGCAGGUGUGAUGCGUAACAAUUCAGGUGAUAAAGGAGUAUACGUGUGUACAGCUAAAUUGCCUCUUGGUGAUCGCCGAUCAUUCUUACCGUAGUUAGUAAAUCGGCCCCAGUACCAAUUGUGAACGACCAGUUUAGAGACUGGGUGGCUGGAAAGCAUGAUCCACUGCAUGAUAAAAUAGUGCUCUGAAGUCGCACUGACGAAGCGAUCCAAAAUGGGUUUUGGACGAUUUGAGGAUUUUGACACACGCCGAAUCAGUUUUUCGUUUUGAGGCUUUGCACAACUCUCUUGCAGGUGAAACCCCCAAUCGUUUGUAAAACCUGACACCCCAAACUUUUCCCCAGUAGAUGUUUCCAUUCGGGCUAAUGAGUGGUUAAACCAACGAAUAUCUUCAAGGGAUCUUUCAACAUUAUCAACACGUAUCGCCAGCGUACAAACGGUAAGUUGGGUUGGGAUGGGCGUGAAGUCUACUGUAGGCUUAAAAAAACAAGUUUCUUAAUUUUUUUCCCCACCAUUUCUAAUUGUGGCAUCAGUGUUGUUGUGUCAUGGGACGUGUCUUGAACGCUCACCGAGUUGGAUAACGAGCGACAUUUUCUUUGCUCCCAUCGCCCCUCCGCUCCUUCCCGUCCUUCCCCCCCUACCCUUUCGUAAUCCCCAAGCACCCUCUGCCACAGUCACUCAUUCCUCGAUCCCUACACGCCGAGACCGUCGAAAACAUUCUAUUCUGUUUCCGUUUUGUAAGCUUUGUCAAGCCCCUUGACUUGAGGCGCUCAUUCAAUAUAAAAUUAGAUGAGUUAUCACGUAACUACUUUUGAGAUCCCUUCAAGUGACCUCUUUUAUCCACAGUAAAUGGGCGCUGCAUUUACCCAUGCUCCCUGCUGUACGGUGAUGUUUGUGACAUAACUCUCAAACUUAUUUUUGUUGUUCUUCAUUCUCAGAGCCGAAAAUGUUGCCCAAAGCAGCAAAAAUCCCAAUGUGAAGUGGUUUUUGUUCAUUCAUUGGGUGACCUUGCCGAGACCAUCCACUCACUCCCCUUGAGAACCCAGUUCAAUCACUGACAGCUGAAGCCCACAUUUGGAAGCCAGGAGCUCAGCAAUGUAUGCUCUGCGCUGUGGACCUCAGAGUCACCUGGCCACCUCGAUAUCGUAUGUUUAAAAAAAUCCCUAAGAUGUCGAAAAGUCUCUUGAGAAUCAUCGUUUAGAAUGUGUGAUUCACAACACUGGUCUCUGUGUACAGCUGCUGCUGCUGCUGCAAGGGGGAGUCACAGAUGGGGUCAGGAUCUGGGAAAAGUCACUUGUGUUGCGUGAUUUGUGACUGGCGAAUUAUCUGCCAUGGGAAAGUACUGUUCCAUUGGGGCAGUUGACAUGGCAAGCGGUGGCGCAUUUGCCAACUGUAGAGAUUCACAGUUCGCGAUCCACGUCCGCCCUGGUUAAUACAACACGGUCGUGUGUGUAUUCUUAAGGGCAAAGACGUUUUCAGAACUGAAACAUAUUGAACUGUCAACUCCUUUCUCAAUAGGACCAGUAUCAAAAUAAAAAAAACAAGAAUACGCUUUAGCCUUUCUGGCAAUGAAACUUGAGAUGUUCAAACACCAAAUAUGUACCGAUUGCAAUGCAUACAGUCUGCAUUAACCACACACAUUUUUUGGCAAAACAUGCAAACAAACAUGCUGUAAUAAUAUAUGCCUCGUCUUUAUGAGAGCACGUUUGUUUAUAUGUUUUGCCACAAGUUUGUGCGGUUAUUGCAGACUUGACGUCCUUGCAAUAGGUGCCUGUUUGGUGUUUGAACAUCGUAACACCUGUUUUAUUGGCAGAGGAAGGUUAUGAAGCCUAUUCUUAUUUUGACUUUUUUUCUCAGCCUGUGUUUCUAAGUCAAUCAAGUAACAUUUUUAUGCGCAUAAAGCCACACCUGAAAACCAUAAAAACGAGAGCCAUUCUGCUACCAGCUGUGCCCAGCGUUUAAAAAGAAGUGUAGGCGAAUGGGACAAUGUUUCACAACCACAAAAGGUGUUAUUUAAUGUGGUCUUUCUGUGGAGAGGGAAGGUUUGUUGUGUGGCUUUUACGAGCCACGCUUAAAUGUCGAUGAUGUCAAUCGAUCUCUAAAACUGCUGACUUUGUGUUUUUUUUUGUUCUUCCCAUGUGUAUAUUAUAUGAACCCUAAUAUUUAUGAGAGAAAAAAACGUACACGUAACGUAUUAGAAUUUAACGUUUUACAUGGUACGUUCACCGCAAAAAUAAUAGAAUUUGCUUUUACGUUUUUAUACUGUGUUUCCUUGUAUUCUUAAAAAAAAAUAGAACAACCAAGUUGGAAUUGUUUCAGAAAUGUGACUAAAUUGUAUAUUUGUGUACCGUGUAAAAUAUUGCAAAUAAAUCACGUUUUUUUUA